UUGCGACGGACUGACGCGAUCGAUAGCUUUGCAGAGACACUGUCAUUCGCUCUCCUUUUCUCGUCUUCUUCUGGUUUGUUAAGAUCGAACAUCGAACAUGCUUCCCACUUCAGUCCUGUCACGGUGCUAUCUGUGUACUAGCUGGGCAGUUUCCUCCAAGUAUCCGCCAGUCAAAUUUCGAGUCUGCCUUGAAUCUUGUAUUUCUGAUCCAAGCAGGCCGGCCAUCUGCCUGUUACCCUUUGUCCUUCCUUCCUCUGUCAAGACUCAGUGGAUCCGUGGUUCAGCUCUGGUGUUUUUUUUGUUUUUUUGUUUUUUUUUCCCCUGUUACGAACUUACUUACCCUUCCGAACUUGCGCGUUCCUGGCUCGAAACCCGGAUUCAACCCACUUUUUUAUGGUCUCCAUUACAUUGGUCAAUCGCUGAAGAAACAGCAGGAAUUGAACCAACUGAGAGAUAAAACCCUAACCAUUCAGUAGUCUGUUCGAGAUGUGAUGAAUUCAUCUCAAUGUCUUGUCCUGUCCCCUAAAGAUCUGCUCUAAAAAAAAAGAGUCCCCCUCUCUUUCAGUCCCCCUCCAUCGGUUCCCUCCACCCUCUUCCUCUCUCUCUCCCUCUCUCUCUUUCUGGUAUUCAUUUAAUU